AUGGCUGCGGUGGAGCGUCUGCCCGUGAAGGAGGGAAUGCGGAUCGCUCUCCUUUGCCUGUGUUGGUAUACCGUCAGCUCUGGAGGCAACGUCGUUAACAAAAUCAUCCUGAACGGCUUCCCUUACCCGGUCACCGUCUCCCUCUUCCACAUUUUCUCUAUCGUCAUCUUUCUGCCGCCGCUGUUGCGAGCCUGGGGAGUCCCGAAAUCUGAAGUGCCUGGCAGAUACUACCGAUGGUACAUCCUUCCGCUAGCUUUUGGAAAAUAUUUCGCGUCUGUGUCGGCUCAUUUCAGCAUAUGGAAGGUACCCGUGUCCUACGCCCACACCGUGAAAGCCACCAUGCCCAUAUGGGUUGUGUUGUUAUCACGGAUUAUUAUGAAGGAGAAGCAGACCACAAAAGUCUAUAUCUCUCUAAUACCAAUCAUAGGUGGUGUCUUGUUGGCCACAGUCACCGAACUCUCCUUUGAUGUCUCGGGACUAAUCAGUGCUCUGGCAGCUACGCUUUGCUUUUCUUUACAAAACAUAUUCUCCAAAAAGGUUUUGCGGGACACGAGAGUACACCACUUGCGUCUUCUCAACAUACUUGGCUUCAAUGCAGUUUUGUUCAUGCUGCCCACAUGGAUUCUAGUCGACCUGUCCGCGUUUCUGGUUGAUGGAGACUUAUCAGAGAUCUCCAACUGGACUGGAACACUGGUCCUCCUCGUCAUCAGUGGCUUCUGCAACUUUGCACAAAACAUGAUCGCCUUUAGUAUAUUAAACCUAGUCAGCCCACUCAGUUAUGCGGUUGCUAACGCUACCAAAAGAAUCAUGGUCAUCACCAUAUCUUUACUGAUGCUCAGAAACCCUGUCAGCCUCUCUAAUAUUUUGGGGAUGAUGACUGCCAUCCUGGGCGUCUUCCUCUAUAAUAAGGCGAAAUAUGAUGCCAACCAGGAGGCCAAGAAGAAAUUGCUGCCGGUCUCUGCGCAGGACAUGGUGUCAUUUGACAAACCCCUGUCCAAUGGUUCAGCGUCCUUCAAACAAAGCUCAGACUUUCAGUAUGGACGAAGUAACGUUCUCAGCGACCACUUUCAGUACAGCAGGCAGGCCUACACGAUGAACUACGGUUCCAGCCAGUAUGUCGUAUAAGCUGAGAAACUGAUGAACAAACCUGUUUAACUGUAAAAGGAGACUGUGUUUUGUGGGGAACUGAAGUAUUGAAACCAGAGAAGAAAGUGUUUCCUUUCACAUACUUGUUAAAUAGAUUUUCUGGGCCAUUUCUUUGUUUAUUUCACCUUUUUUUUUUUUUUUUUUUUUUUAAGUCAACAGCAAGAAUUCUCAGUAACGCAGAGUGCAGAGGUUUUUGAACCAUGUCGGAAUGCCUGUAAGGCCAACAGUAGCUUAAGUGAAAAUCAAGGUUUUUGUUUUGCACAAGAAUAUUUCAACAUAAUGUCCGCUGUCAUAAUAUUAUUUAUAAAUCAAAGAUGUGAUUGUUGCUUUCUGGGUCCUCUGUCAAAAAAAACAGCAAGGACAUCAGAAACUGAAACACUUUAGUAGCUGCCACACACUGGGACAAUAUGUUAUCGCUUAAUGUUUAUGAAAGGUUUCCUGAAUUCCAGAAUUGGAAUAUUGCUUCCAGUUUGUAAAUAUUUUCAUGUAUUUAUUUUUGUAGAAGUUCUGAGGAGGGCAUAUCAUGGCUUUAUCGUAGGAGGAAACCUUUUUUGAAGGUGUGACAUCUGUUCACCAUACCCUUUUGUUAUAGCCGGUACGUUUUUUGGCAAUCAGUGUUUGACGGUUGAUUUUACAUCAUCAUACAGGCCUUUGUGAAUCAUGCUAUAGUCUGAUUUUAAUGUUAGACAUUUGGGUUUGGGUUGGUAUAGAUGAGGCUUUUCAAGAUUCUUUGAAGGUGUUUUAGCCAAAACCAGGUGAUGCUGAUUUGCUGCAUACCAUUGGGGAACUUCGAUCUUACAAUGUUCUUGUGUCAACAGUACUUUUGCAACACUCAGCCCAGAUAAUUCAUUGGUGCACCAGACACACAAGUAUUAAACUGAUUUUCAACAUUUCAGAGGGGCAUUAAAUUUCCUGCAUUGAAAUAUUUUUAAACUUCCUCAUGAUUAUUGGAAUCCUCUCCUGAGCUUUCAUAUUAAAGAUCAAUGCAUGUGGCUAAACACUUUAGGCUGUGAUGCACUGGUAACAUGAGGCAGUGACCGUACAGAGGAGCUGGUCUAUAGAGCCGAUGGUGUAAAGUCCAUUCAUAGAAUCCUAUUAGACGUAGCAGAUUGGGGAAAUGUAUAUUUUGCAUAUACUUUUUUCUUUUUUCUUUUUUUUUUUUGUUUUUCUCAAAGGAGACUACUAGCAAUAUCUACUGUUAAAAGUGCUUGUCUCGCAGCAUUGCCUGUCUAUCAUGGCCUUGUGAUGAAAGGUGCAAUCCACCAACUGUCCUGUAGUCAGUUAGCUUAUCUUUUGUGAUUUAAUUCACAAUAAUAUGUUUUUGCUGAUUUUCGCACAGUGAUUCAGUUUCUGAAUUUUGGCCUGUACUGUCUCUCUCUUUUUUUUCCCUUCAAGGAGUUCAUCCUUAAUAUCGUUUAGAGACACUUGUAUAUUGUUAUUUUAAUUUAUUUUAUUUUUUCCCACAAGAAAAAUGCUCCCUUGUUAGCUUUUGUCUGACUGCGGGGAAGUUAGACAGACGUUUAAUAAAGAGCAUGUAUAUUCAUCUCUGUGGCUUAAAAGAAGGGAGAAGAAGAACUGCUCAGUGUGAUUUUCGUAUGUGAAUAUAAAUUUUUUGUAAUUAUUUUUUUUGUCAAUGCCAACAGAUUUAGAGAAACUGCAUGAUUUUAGCCUUUUUAAAAGUGUUCGACUGAUGAGCGAAUGCUUCAUAGAAGAGAUGUGGGAUUUUUCUGUUGUCCUUCGGGAGGUGUGCGAGCGCACGUAAUAGGUUUGUUGAUUCAACUGUCCUGCUGUCCUGUAGUUCAUAAAAUCGAAAACGAGGCCAAAGCAAAGGCCUCUUGUUAAAGUGCAUUCUGUUUGUAGUAAAUGAUGCGCUCUGUAAGAGUCAUGUUACCUUAACCUCUUUGCAACAGACACUACAAUUCAUGAAAAUACCUCCGUAUCCUCUGUAUCUUAUUUUAUGAACUGUAGGCUUCACAAAUUGCUGUUUUUGUGAGGCGGUACUAGAAUGAUAAAUGAACAGUUUAGAAAAGUGAAAUCCCUCCUUUUACCUGUUUGCAUUUGAGCUGUAAUGAACUGUUAUUGGCUUUGA